GCGUCGCAGGUGUCCCCGCUGCGCUGCGACCCGCUGUCCAGCAACACGAAGCGCUGCGACACGACGCAGUCCCUGCGCACGCGCUGCCCCUUCAUGCAGACCUGCGACCAUGCCGUGCUACUGUCCGGGGGAUGGAACAGGCACCUCAGCGACUACUCCAGCCUGCAGAACGUACUUCAAUUUCAUGGAAUGUUGAAGCACGUCGGUUUCCACGAGGACAACAUCAAGGUCUUCUUUGCCAACGGCUUGGCCCCCCAGGCCCCGCAGCACGGACAGGAAGGCGGUGAUGCGACCCCCGCGAUGUAUCCCUCCGCCCUGAAGCUCGCCCUGCGCUACCACGUGCACCGCCUGUGCGAGACGGCGCGCUGCGCGGACACCCUGCUGCUCUACUUGAACGGGCCCGCGCUGCCCGGCGGCGCCACGCUGCUGUGGGACGCCGACGGCAACGGUCAGCUGGACGAGACCGAGGUCUACUCCGCCCGGGAGCUGCUGCGCGAUGUGUCGCAGUGCGGUGCGCGCCGCGUCGUGGUCGUCGCGGACCAGAGCUACGCCAAGGACCUCGUGCGGCACGCCGCCCAGCUGCACGCCGCGUCCCGGGGGCUCCGCAACGUGGUCGUCAUGGCGGCCACGUCGGCGUCCUCGGCCACCAGCUGGACCGGCCACUGGACGGCGCCGAGCCACCGGCAUGCCUGCCUCGCCGACAUGGCCAAGGAGAGCGACGCCGAGGCCAUGUUCCUGGGCAGCGCCGCGCUGCUCAACACGACGGUCACGGGCAUGCCGUGCGCGCUGGCGCAGGGCCUCGAAGGACUCAAGGGGCUCUCGCGGGAACAGCAGAGGCUGCGGCACCGGUACAGCGGCUGCCAGAACCUGUCGACGCGCGAGUGGAUGGCCGCCCAGGACGACAAGGACGACCCGCUGGACGGGCAGGACUCGCAGGAAGACGAGGACCGCGACGACGAUGACGCGGCGGACGCGUCCAGCAACAGGAGUCGCUCCGAGAACAACGCGUAGGCCGUAGGGCCGUAGGGCGCUGCGUCGGCGCGGCUUUCGCAAUCCGUGAGCCGAGAGGGUGGAACUGAGGCUGGAUUGGAACUCAAGCCUGUCGUGUGGAGGGACUGUCACGAUCAAAGUUGACAGCGCGAAGGGGUCGUGACGUGAUUUUUUCCGGGCUCUAAAAUACGUACUUAACUCCAAACCGAUUGAAUGUGAUUGACUGUUCUGAAAGUGGUGGUUGGAGGUUUCCGCACAGGAGCAGUUGUAGCCCCAAUGAAAUAAUAUGGCUAUACCAAAAACUUUGUUUAUUUUGUAGAGACGCUAACAGAAGUGAUGGCAACGUUCGGAACAUGGCUCCCGGCAUUGUCACUUGGUGUCAGCGGCUAUGAUUUUAUUUAUAAAAUUGUUUUGUUAUCACGUUAAUUUUUGUUCAAGAAUAGUUUAAUGAUUACAAGGUUUUAUUAUUA